GUUCUGUAUCAAAAUGGAAUUUCACUGAAAACUUCAUUUCUAUUCCUUUCCUGCUGCAGUAGUGUUCAUAUUCUGAGAACUCUUUUUUUAUUGCCAAAAGGUCAUAUUCCAUACCCUCUGCCUGCAGAGUAUAACUAUGGUGUGAGCUGUGGAAAAGCCAUUUCUAAAAACAUAGAAUCGAUGGACUCUUCAGCACCACCUAAUGAUGCAGAAAAAAGCCAAGAUGCAAAGGAUCUAGCUGCAAAAGCUUUUUUAAACAGGCAGACGAAACAUGAUGAGCAGCCAGAAGUCUCAUUCUGGAGCUGUGCCUUCACAUCCCUUUUUGGUUGGCACUUAGUUUGGAUUUCUCUCAUGCAACUCAGGCACUACCUAUUCAUUGGAACUUUAAACACCACCAUCACCCAUCUGAGUGGAGGAGACCUGCACACAGUGAGUAAAUACACAAAUGUAUUUGCGGUGUCUCAGUUUUGUGGCAUUUUGUGUGCUCCUUGGAAUGGGCUCAUCAUGGACAGACAUAAAAGGAAAAACAAAGAUACUGAGAAGCAUGAUGACCUUCAUUCCUCCAUCUUAUCUCUAACUUUGACUGCUAUCCAGUGCAUAUUGUUUUCACUGUGUGCUUCAAUACCCCUUCUCCCUGCACUGUAUCCAACUUUCAUCUUCCAAGUGUUGAACCGAUCGUUUCUGUAUGGAGGCAAUGCAGCAUUUCUUUCUAUAGCAUUUCCAGCCAAGCACUUUGGAAAACUCUACGGACUAGCGAUGUCGCUUUCUGCGGUCAUAUCUCUUUUACAAUAUCCAGCAUUUUACAUCAUACGAACCCAUCUCCAUGGUGACCCUUUAUAUGUCAACAUUUUUCUUGCCGUUCUGAUGUUGGUGACAUUUGCCCACCCAAUUAACAUUUUUCGUGUUUGCAGAAAAGACAAGAAAGCCUCUCAAGACCAUGUGCAGUGGAACGAGCUCACAGGCUGGGGGCGCCCAGAGAUGACAACAGACCAAGACUGGUCUGACAAACAUGCUGACAAACAUAUGCUGUUCCAACUGUACCGUUCCCAAAGGAACCUGGUUGCCGGGGGACAUAGAAUUCUCCUAUUUGCAGACUACUCUGCUGAACUAACUAAACGCAGAAAAAAAUGUCAGGCGGUGUGUCAAGCCUUGGUACACCAAAGUAUUACAUUUGCACUAGCUUACCCCGCCACACUACGCAUCACCAGCCCUGAUGGCAAUGUCUCCUCCUUCACGUCUUCAGAGAAAGCACGAGCCUCCAUCCAGAACAUGGCGGACCCCUGUUCCAGCUCACCUAUCAAGAGCCCCCUGAGGAAGAAGAGGCUCGACACUAAUUCCUGA